AUGGAAGGCAAGAAUGCAAAGGUUAUUGAGAAUGCAGAAGGAGCAAGAACGACUCCCUCGAUAGUUGGAUUCACAAAGGACGGUGAAUUACUGGUGGGCCAGGCAGCUAAACGUCAGGCGGUGGUAAAUCCCGAGAAUACGAUCUUCGCUGCAAAAAGGUUAAUAGGUCGUUCGUUUGAGGAUCCGAUUGUUCAACACGACUCCAAAUCGGUUCCCUAUAAGAUUAUCAAACAUUCGAACGGAGAUGCUUGGGUACAUGCGUCAGGAAAAAAUUACUCUCCAUCACAAAUGGGUGCCUUCGUUUUGACAAAAAUGAAGGAGACUGCCGAAAGCUAUUUAGGGAGGAAAGCCAAUCACGCCGUGAUUACCGUGCCCGCCUACUUUAAUGACUCUCAACGUCAGGCGACAAAAGACGCCGGAAAAAUUUCUGGACUUGACGUGCUGAGGGUCAUUAACGAACCGACUGCUGCCGCACUUGCUUACGGAUUGGACAAGACUGGUGACAAGGUGGUGGCGGUUUAUGACCUUGGUGGUGGUACUUUUGAUAUCUCCAUACUUGAGAUACAAAAUGGUGUGUUCGAGGUGAAGAGCACGAAUGGUGACACGGCCCUUGGCGGUGAAGAUUUUGAUUCUGCGUUGGUGAAAUUUAUUGUUGAAGAUUUCAAGAAGGAGCAGUUGAUCGAUUUGAGCGGUGAUCGAAUGGCCAUACAGCGUAUUCGUGAAGCCGCCGAGAAAGCGAAAAUUGAACUCUCUUCGACCGUGCAAACUGACAUUAAUCUACCUUACAUCACAGCCGACGCAUCCGGUCCAAAACACAUCAACAUGAAACUGACCAGAUCAAAGUUCGAAGCUUUAACCAAGGAUCUGGUCGAGAGAACAAUUGAACCUUGUAAGAAAGCGAUAUCAGAUUCUCAAGUUAAAACCUCGGAAAUUAACGAGGUGAUUCUGGUUGGGGGUAUGACCAGAAUGCCAAAAGUAUAUGAGACGGUGAAAUCGUUGUUUGGCAGGGAACCAAGCAAAAGUGUAAAUCCCGAUGAGGCCGUAGCUCUUGGUGCUGCAAUUCAAGGAGGUGUACUCUCUGGAAGUGUCACGGAUAUUUUACUGUUAGAUGUAACUCCCCUCUCCCUCGGUAUCGAAACUCUCGGAGGUGUCUUUUCUAGAUUGAUAAAUCGUAAUACUACCAUUCCAACUAAAAAAUCUCAAGUCUUUUCGACCGCAGUUGACGGCCAAAAUGGAGUGGACGUACGUGUUUAUCAAGGUGAACGUGAGUUCUGCCGCGACAACCAACUUUUGGGCAAUUUCAGAUUGGACGGCAUUCCACCGGCACCCAAGGGAGUCCCACAAAUCGAAGUGACAUUCGACAUUGACGCCGACGGUAUCGUGAACGUCUCGGCCAAAGACAAAGCCACAAAUCGAGACCAAUCGAUUACGAUCACUGCCUCUUCGGGUCUUUCAUCUACUGAGAUAGAAAAUAUG